CCCGGCUCAGGCGCGGACGGGGCGGGCGCCGGGCGGGGCGCGCACCCUCGCCGUUUGAAUGGGAGGAUCGAGGCCGGCGGAGGCGGCGGCGAGCAGAUCCUGAAGCCAGAGCUCGUUCCCGGCCCGGCGUCCUCGACAUGCGGCGGGAGAGGUGCCGCGCCCCCCGCCUGCGUCCCCGACAUGGAGGUGCUGCGGCGCUCCUCGGUCUUCGCCGCGGAGUUCAUGGACGCCUUUGACCGCUCGCCCACCGACAAGGAGCUGGUGGCCCAAGCCAAGGCUCUCGGCCGCGAGUUCGUGCACGCGCGGCUGCUGCGCGCCGGCCUCGCCUGGAGCGCGCCCGAGCGCGCCGCGCCCGCUCCCGGGGGCCGCCUGGCCGAGGUGUGCGCGGUCCUGCUGCGCCUGGGGGACGAGCUGGAGCUGAUCCGGCCCAGCAUCUAUCGCAACGUGGCGCGCCAGCUGAAUGUCUCUGUGCAGUCGGAGACUGUGGUGACGGACGCCUUUCUGGCUGUGGCGACCCAGAUCUUCUCUGCAGGCAUCACGUGGGGCAAGGUGGUGUCCCUGUACUCGGUGGCCGCGGGGCUGGCUGUGGACUGUGUGCGGCAGGCCCAGCCCGCCGUGGUCCACGCUCUCGUCGACUGCCUUGGAGAGUUUGUGCGCAAGACCCUGGCGGCUUGGCUGAGGAGGCGCGGUGGAUGGACCGAUGUCCUCAAGUGUGUGGUCAGCACCGACCCUGGCUUCCGGUCCCAUUGGCUGGUGGCCACACUCUGCAGCUUUGGCCGCUUUCUGAAGGCCACCUUCUUUGUGCUGUUGCCAGAGAGAUGAGUGGUCAGCAGGACCAGAGGCCACAGCCAGGCCCUCCGACCGAGUAGGCCCUGACCCCCAAAAUCAUCACCCUCCUCCCUGUCCAAGCUAGGCGCCCUGCCCCAUUGCUGGAGGCCUGGUCCUGAGCCUCCUCCACAGGCUAGGGCCUUCUGGAAGGAGACUGGGGCUUCCCUGGGCCUGGAGCUGGGCUUCAGCAUCGAUCUGUGGCCCCUCUUCACUGCUCCUCUUUGCCUGGGACCCCUGCUUAUCUCCUUUCUUUCUGGAGCCAGAAAGAGAGUCACCUCCCAGGCUCAAAGUCAGAGGAGCUGGGAGCACCUAGCUGUCACUGGACACGGGGGUCCCACCAGUGCAGGGGGCCAUGUCAGGACACGAGUCGGUCUCCGUCCCCAAGGGCAGUGGGCCCUGCACAUCUGGUCUGAAGGUGCCUCUGGCCUGGCCAGGCCUAGGGGAGCCGUGGGGUCUUCCUGACCCUGCAAACAGAGCGUCUGGCUUGUGUGCUCAUUGCUGACCCCAUUUCUGGAGGGGAGUGUGCACCCUAAAGCAGGGUCCCUGUGUGGCAGGGACUAGGGGAGUGGGGCCCAGACCCAAACACCUGACCCAUGAACACAAGCCCACGGGCAAGGCUGGCGUGUGCAUUGUCCGAUUCCAGUAAAGUUUCUGGCAGUGGAGUGCGACCACCUGCGACUGGAUGGGGCAGUGAACCCAGUGUUAGGACAGGAAGCACUGGAGUUCCCAGCAUCUCCCUAAUUAAGGCAGCUUCUGCCACCCGCCAUGGCACACGCACAUGCGCGCACAUCCGCACACAUACAGCUGUCACGCGGCAGGUGCCCAGUCGCCUUCCUCUCCGUGGCUGGCUGCCGGCCUAUGUCAGCCACGCCCAUGCCUUUGCUUUUCUGAGGGUGCUUUUCCUGUGGGGCCCACAGGGCCGGCCCCCCUCCCUGCUUCCUGGUGCAGGGAUGUCUUCCUGAAGCCUGAGGGCUCUGGCUAGGACACAGGUACUCUGGAGGGCUGUGGCGGGGCCUCGCCCAGCCUGUCUCCCUUCUGUAGGACAUACGGUUGAGCCGGGCACCCGCCGUCUCCUGGCCCAGCCCCCCACCUGGUCCUGAUGAGACGGAGGCCCCCAGAUGAGGCUUUCAUGCAGGCACUUACCUCCCCAGGGCCGGCUGUUCACUCUGCCUCGGAGGCUGUGGCCUUGGCCAUGGCCACUGAGGGAGGGAAGGGUCGGGGCAGGCAUGCAUUCCUCUGCUUCCUGGAGGAAUCCUUUGGUAUGUAUCCAGCAGAGGGAAGCAAUGUGACCAACACAGGACUCGGAAGGCACACAGGCUGGCCAUCCUCACGGUGUCAGAGGGCACAGUGGAGCGGAGCCUCUUUUCUGACAGCAGCACAAAAGUAAACGUGAGCCCUAUGUGAGGAAAACUAAAUAAACCGAGGGACAUGUGAGCGGGGGGCACAAGUGCCAGGAAAUCUGUCUCACAGAAGAGAUGCCUCACUUGUAAAUUUAUAAAUUUCAUACAAUCCUUAUGAAAAUACCAGCAUGGGUUUUUUUUUCUGGAUCCCAAUAAGCUAAUUAUAAAGUUCACAGGAGAGGAAAAUUUUAAAAAAGCCAAACACAGCUGGGAAAACCCUUAAAAAGAGGAGGAGAGGGGAGGGCCCAGCACCAUCUCUGCGGGUCUGCCCCUGAACCACAGGGUGCCGGGCUCCCUGCAGACAGGCCUGGGUGGGCCCGAGGCAGACCCCACGCCUACAAUGCCGUGUCUGUGACGGAGCGGCCCCGGGCAGCCGCGUGCUUGCUGACGCGGGGGCAGCGGUAAGCCGCCGGGGAAAAGCCAGGAGCCGCAGGGGCGGAUUCCACAUGGACCCAAGAGCAUCUAUAACCAUGAAAUGCCAGAAAAAAUGGGUGGCUUCCUUUGUAAUUGGGGUGUGGGUAACACCUUCCCAAACAUGAUUUAAAAUUUAGGAAUAAUAAAUGGAAAAAGAUGUUCAUAACACCUAGUAUUUUCAAAAAAUAUUUGUACCUUGAGACAGGAAGCAGUGUCUGUCGGGCUGGGGCGGCCGUCUAGUGGGCACAGGUGUCCCUUUGCAGCGACGAAAAUGUUUUAAAAGUAGAGGUGAUGGUUGCAUAACAUUGUGAAUGUACUAAAUGCCAUCUAGCUGUACACUUACUAUUUUAAUAUACUUUAAAAUGGUUAAAAUGGUGACCUUUGUCAUAAUAGUGUAUUUUACCUCAACAAAAGUGGUACCUUAAAAUUAAGAAUAGUAGGAUUAAUAUUCCUAAUUCCAAAGAGCCCAGCAGCUCCAAACAUCCAGAAAAAAAACAGAAUAUAAGAGAAAUGCAAACCCAAACUACCCCAAGAUGCCAUUUCUCACUUAUUAGGAGGCCUUCAUUCAACUUUGACAAGAUGGUGGUUCCCCCUCACAGGCCAGCAACCUCACAGAGGCUGUGGGAAUGCAAAUGGCACACUGAUGGGGUGGCCCUGGGCACCUCACAUACGCAUUUAUGGACUGGCAGCCCCACUUCUAGGAAUCUACCCUGGAGAUACACUGGCAAAAGUCCCGAACGACGUGCACACGAGGUUACCCACGCAGUGUUACCUGACUUGGCAGCAGACUGGAAAUGAGCAGAUGCCCUGCACUGGGGUGGUACUGGGUCAGUGGCCGGGCCACCUCUCGGAGCAGCACAACUCUGCUGGGCAAAGGCCUCUGCACUGACCGUGAAGUCAUGUAAGAUGUUCUGCAUGAGCAAAACUAACUUACAAGGACAGUUUGUGACAAAUGAAGCCGCACAUCAGGCUGGGGACACAAGCACCUAGACAGAUCACCUGUUCCAAUCAGAAUACAUUUUAACUUCAUGUCACCAGUGACAGGAAGGUGUGAAAACAAUAGCAAAAAGUCCAAAACCUCAGUCCUGUUAAUAACAUUAUUCUGAAAUAAUUCUAUGUAUCCUGUAGGACUGAGCAAAUAAUGUAAAGAACCAAGAUUUUCAUCUUCAAAGAGGUAAAACCAAAGAAUUUUAAAGUAACGAAUUUUAUAAUAAAUUUGAUUUGGAAACA